ACAGGAGGCGGGGCCAGCGUCGCUGCCGGGUGCUGGAGGCGCCAUUGGAGCCGGCUUGGCUUGCGAGCUCCGCUGAGGAGCCGGAGGUUGGGCCGCAGUUACCUCCGCGUCCGCUCCUGGUUCCUGGCCCGUCAGCGGCAUGGCGUGCGGGGCGACGUUGAAGCGGCCCAUGGAGUUCGAGGCGGCGCUGCUGAGCCCUGGUUCCCCGAAGCGGCGGCGCUGCGCUCCUCUGCCUGGCCCCACUCCGGGCCUCAGGCCCCCGGACGCUGAGCCGCCGCCGCUUCUCCAGACGCAGACCCCACCGCCGACUCUGCAGCAGCCCGCCCCACCCGGCAGCGAGCGGCGCCUUCCAACACCGGAACAAAUUUUUCAGAACAUAAAACAAGAAUAUAGUCGUUAUCAGAGGUGGAGACAUUUAGAAGUAGUUCUUAACCAGAGUGAAGCUUGUACUUCGGAAAGUCAGCCUCAUUCCUCAGCACUCACGGCACCUAGUUCUCCAGGUUCCUCCUGGAUGAAGAAGGACCAGCCCACCUUUACCCUCCGACAAGUUGGAAUAAUAUGUGAGCGUCUCUUAAAAGACUAUGAAGAUAAAAUUCGGGAGGAGUAUGAGCAAAUCCUCAAUACCAAACUAGCAGAACAAUAUGAAUCUUUUGUGAAAUUCACACAUGAUCAGAUUAUGCGACGAUAUGGGACAAGGCCAACAAGCUAUGUGUCCUGAAGCUUUCUUGCAUAUCUGGUACCAGGUUUGACCUCAAGAGAUGGCUGCUGUACACUUUUUGCAACUGGUUUGAUAUCACAUUUCAGCUCCAACUUUGCAUCCUGAGAACACUUAAACGUUUCUGCAGGUCCAUUUUAUACAACUUGAAAGACCUUAAAACUUUCUGGUUGCCACAAGCAUAUCUUUCUUUUCUGCU